AUGGGAAAAGUUCAACCAGAGGAAAAAGAUACCAAAGAAAAGACAACUGAGUUUAGUUUAGUACGGGUCAAAAGUACAUGGAAGUGUCAACUGGGAAAAAAGAUCAAUAAGGACAGAGUGGACAGUGUCUCGGCUGCAAAAAUCUGUGAGAGUGUCACAGAGAAGGGUACGACCUGGACAGUUAUCAGUCCCAUUGUCUUUACUUACAAGGUAACUGAAACUCAGGGCUUGCUGGACCCAGGCAACGACACCCUCCUUCUGGGGCACAUCAAUGACCCUCAGCAGCUAGAGGACAUUAAAAAAUCAAACAAGCCAAUCAGACGCUUUGUGGUGGUUGACCAGGCAGUCUUUCAAAUCUAUGGCUCCAAGCUAACUGAAUACUUAGAGGCCAAUGAUGUCUCUUACAAGAUCUUGGCUCUACCCACCACUGAGGAGAACAAAUCUAUGGAGACGGCCCUGAAGAUCUUAGAUGAGGUCAACAACUUCUCUCUUGACCGACGAACAGAGCCCAUCAUUGCCAUUGGUGGAGGUGUGUGCCUUGACAUAGUGGGCUUUGCUGCCUCACUCUACAGGAGGCGCACUCCUUACAUCAGAGUCCCAACCACACUGCUCUCCUACAUCGAUGCCAGCGUAGGGGCAAAGACAGGGGUUAACUUCGCAAACUGCAAGAAUAAGCUGGGUGCCUACAUUCCACCUGCUGCCACCUUCCUUGAUCUAUCAUUCAUACAGACUGUUUCCCGACGACAUAUCUCCAAUGGGCUGGCAGAGAUUUUAAAGAUGGCCUUGAUGAAGCACAGCGGCCUCUUCGAACUUCUGGAGAAACACGGCUCUAUGCUAUUGGACACUAAAUUCCAAAUUGAUAACAGUGUAUACGGGUGCGGCACCUUAAAGGCUGCAUCACAGGCAACUCGCAUAGCUAUUAUGACCAUGUUGGAGGAGCUUGCCCCAAACCUUUGGGAGGAUGACCUCGACAGACUUGUGGACUUUGGCCAUCUUAUCAGUCCAGCAUUAGAGAUGAAAGUUCUCCCGUCUCUGCUUCACGGUGAGGCAGUGAACAUAGAUAUGUCCUAUAUGGUUUAUGUGUCCGAAGAGUGUGGCCUAUUGACAGAAGAAGAGAAGCAGAGGAUCAUCAGCUGCAUGGUGAGCCUGGAGCUUCCUGUCUGGCAUCAAGAGUUUACUAUGGAGCUCAUACAGAAUUCUCUGCAGGACAGGCUGAAACAUUCUGGCGGCCUGGUCAGAAUGCCUCUCCCUGUUGGUCUCGGGGAAGCAGAAAUUUUUAAUAACACAUCAUAUGAGAUCCUGCACAGAGCUUACGAAAAAUGGUGCGAGGAACUGAGCGCCGCUUCUGAGAGCAACUGUGACCCUUAA